CUGCCCCUGAUUGGGCAGUUUAGUGGGCGGUCAGGAAUCGAUUGGUCAGUGUGUAUGUUUGCGGCGGGAAGUCUGGCGCGGCGUUUACCCGGGUAGGAGGGCGGCUUGAGAAGGUCUGUCUGUUGCUGUAAACAGUGGAGGUCUCAUUUUGCGAGAAGAAACAGAAGUGCCAGCAGUCGAGGACGAGAUAAAAGUAGAAAAUAAAGUAUUAAAUACAAAAGGAAAUCAUGAAAAGUUGAUGGUUUGGAAAAGAGAUGGUAGCUAAAAAUACUCAAUCAGAGGGUUCGACUUUAUGGAAGGACACACCUGCUUUAUUUUUGCAGGCUGAUGCUGUGUUAAAGAAUCUGGAUCCCCAUGUAUACUGCCAUGGUACAGCUUUGGAAUCGGGAUCACCAUACAGUAUUCAUGAGAAGAUGGCUAAUCCAAGUCCUUCCUUUGGCCUCUACAAACAACAGAUAAACUUGAAAAAUGAAAAAAUGGACACCCAGCUAUUCCCUUCAGCCUCACUGAGUGGCAUUAACAGUUCAACAUCCUCCAGAGACACAGCUCUCCUCUGCAACAGCUGGUCUGUGUUUGCUGAUGAUGUAAACCCAUCCUUACCAGACAGCAGUGGACACAGGGCCCAGGUUAACCUCUCCUACUCUGGGAACGGCCCAGAUUUGUUUGGACUGGUCUCCAGUAUCCUGGAAGAUCCAAAUGGUUCAGAACACCUUUCAGACUGGAACUCCUCCUCAAAGCUGUUUCCAUCGUGGCCUGUUGAGACGAGUGACUAUCUGGGCCACCCUGCUAAGGCCAUGUUAGAUUGUAAUGGAUCUUCAGACAUGACCGGUGCAAAUGACUUUUAUCAAGAAACCUUUCAGACUACCCCAGAAAAUCAAAUAGAGACCCAGUAUCAAGGGUUCCAGGGGCUCAACCUUGUGGAGUCGUGGCUUUCCACUGUCAAAAAGGACACCGACAUGUCCAGCCUCCAGUCACCCCUUUUCACCAAGAGGUCCUCCCCGGAGGACCCCAUCUACAAGAGCAAUUCUUUUGUACAGAGGGAUGACUUUGGCUGCCAUGAGAACGAGUCUGAUCCGUGUGUGCGAAACUCUAAUAAAGGAAGCUACAAGAAGGGUCUUCCUGACUUCAGCACAUAUGCUUUUCAUAACAGCAGCAACAGCAAUAAAACCAGAGUGCAGAGGGAGUGGAACAUGGAUAGAUGCAGAGACAAGCAUGGCCCAACAGAUCAAGCAGGCUUCCCCAAAGAUCAUGACUGUACACCGGCUGGGGACAGCUGGGGAAAGAUGUCCCAGCGGAAACAACAUCCACACUAUUUUAAGGGGUAUGAGGACUGCAGCGUCCACCAGCCACAGAAGAAAUUGUUUCACCAGUCUCCGAAUUACUUUGGACAGAAACAUCCCAAGGUGUAUGGGAGCAUGAACUGGAAGACAGAUUCCGACUUGACACUGAACCUGCAUGAUGGCUACCCUUUGAAUAGAAUAUCUUGCGAUCAGGUCCAUUUGAACCCGAUAGAUGUUCAUUCUUUGCCUACCGAUUUCACCCAAUCUGUGACCACUAUGCUCCAAAAUGGGGAUUAUCUGCAUUUGGCAAAGAGCUGCCAGGUGUGGUCCGAGGGGGAACUUCUGAGCCCUACCGGUAAGUCCAACUCACGAUACCGAAAGCAUAACAGUACAGCAAAUAGCCCGCAGGCUUCUUCAUCAUCUGGAACUCCCACCCAGCUAUCUCUAGGCUCCAUUCCCCAGCCUCCCUACUACUACUCCCCGACCUCCCCAGUACCUUCAAGCAGCCGCCAAGAUAGGAGACCUAAGACUGGAGAUGUCGGUCCUGGUAGUUGGCAUGGCAAUUCCAGUUCUGAAAACCUGGGACUGAACAAGUGCAGCAGUCACUCCAGACAAGAUCACUCUGCAGCCAAAGAGAACCGGUGUAACAACCAGGCUGGCAGCUUUCCUGGAAGCUGGGCACCUCCAUCUCUGAAUUCCCCAUGCAACGAGCCAGACAGGUUUUUCCGAUACCGCAACAAGCCAGGUCAGGAGACUCGGGAUGACCGGAGUAGUGGGAGAAAGAACUGGUUCCCUCAGCCCCACAGAUACGGAGGUCCCAACCGCAACCAAUACAACAAUUACCGCAGAAAGCAGGACCAAGAUGGCAGCAACGUGUCUGACUUUGUGAACUCUCAGUUUGUCCCGCCUCUCCCAUUCAUGAUGCCAGACUUAAAGCAGAAUCCCAACUUUUCCCAGUUCGGCCCCCACACUGGCAAAUUUCCUGUACCAGCGUCUAGAUUCCCCUUCCCUGACCUCAUGGACCUACUUCACUAUGAAGACUUUAGCCACCUGGGCCCUUUUGUCAAUGAAAUGUUCUAUGGAGACGUGCCCCCACCUUACUUUGGUUUUCCGGCACCCUUUAACAAGAUCCGACCCAUGAGGAACCGCAGUGGCCCCGCUAACGAGCUCCACACACAGCUAGAGAUGUGCUAUGAGCAGUGGAGAGCCUUGGAAAAGGAGAGGAAAAAGACUGAAGCUGAUCUUGCAAGAAAUUUUCCGGGAAAGCGAGUAUCCAGCUCAAACAACACUCCGAUCCCUCGCCUUCCAGCUAACCCUUCCAGGGUUGACCGCUUGCUUGUGGACCAGUUACGUGAGCAGGCAAGAGUUGUGACCUUAAUUGGGAAAAUGGAAAGCCUGCGUAGUGCCCCUGUCCAUGCUAAUAUAUCCACCACCCUUGAUCGCCAUUUGGAAGCCAUCCACAUUACCCAAGCAAGACGCAAAGAUGAAAUUGUCAAUGCUGCUAACCGCCAGAGACAGGGGGCACCAAGAUACAAUGAUGACAAAGAUGUUCUUGCCCUGGCAGCUGCCAUUAAAGAGCAGGCUAUUUUCACUCGCAAAGCCCGCACUGCUUUGUGGUGCGCCCUCCAGAUGACCUUGCCAAAAAACAGCACUGGUGCCACAGCCCAACAGGCAGAGCUCGAGAAGGCACUACAGGAGCUGUGCAGUCCUGGGCAGGGAGAGACCAAGGGUCCACUGAGAGCCACUGAGUUCCCAGGCCCAGAGAGGAAGGGGGCUGAACCAAUAGAGCAUCAACAAGUGGAGCAAAAAGAGGAGAGACCUUGGGCCAGCAAGAACAAGGGAGAGGAAGAGAGAGGAGAGUAAAGACAUGGAGGGUUAAAGUUGAGAGUGGCACACUAUGGAAAAUCUCUUGCCAUUGGAGCAAAAUCAGUUAAGCUUAGAGUAAUCCUCCACACCAUUUUUAGAUUAAGUACAUUUAAUGUCAGCUCAGCGGCAAUAGUUUUCUACAAAAUUCUUGAAACUGUUACUUGUGUAAACGGUUUGUAUGGGGGGGGGGCGCGAGGUGGAAGCAUGAAAUGUGCUGCAGGAUGUCGCACUUCAGUAAGAGGGCAUCAAAAGGAGAUUGAUCUAAAACAAUUGUUCAUUGAAACAUUUGUAAACUUAUCUAGCACAUCUCCUCACUAACAUACAUUACUUAGCUGUUGUUUUUAAGUUGUUUUUUUUUGCUAGAGGCAACAAAAUAUUGAAGAAAACUACACCACCAAACUUGAAUUUUCAGUUUUUGUUCUGUGUUACACAACAGUUCUUUUAGACAGUCAGUUGUUUGUUGCUUUCCAGCAGCUCAUUACUGAAACUGAUUGCAUCCCUUUUCUAGUUUGACUUCAAUUGCAUUAUUUAAAGGGUGGAACAAAACAUCUUAAAACAAAUAACCACAUUUCAAAUUCUUCCAAAGUCAGUAGCAUGCAAUUAAUCAGGAUUUAAUCUUUUGUAAAGUGCCAAAAACAAGCUGUUGCAGUAUCUGAACUUAACUGUGGGUCAUCUUUCAACACGUUGUUGUUGUGUGUGUUUUUUUAUUUUUUUUAUUUUUUUAACAGUACAUGCACUUAUUUUAAUUUGCUGAGCAGCAGAACAUCUACCAUUAGUUUCCAUACUGCCAACUUUGGAACAGAGAUUUUCCAUAGUUUAGAAUGUACAACACAUGUAAUGCAGUAUUUCUACAAAAACUAGCUAUAAAAUAAAUUAAACUGUAGCAGGCAUAAUUACUGAUGUACAUGUGGUAUUAGUUAAAAUGAUUAAAGUUGAUACUCAGGAUUAGUACUUAGUAACACCAUGUAAUGGGUAGAACAUUGAUAUUUGACUUAGUGUGCACUUAAAUCAAUAUUUUAAAACUUACGUUAUUUUAACGGACUAUAGUUUUCAGAAGCAUUCCAUAUUUAUUUUAAUGAUUUAAAUUGUGUUUAUUUAAAAAAUAAGUGGAUUUUUUUUUGUUUGUUUUUUUGCUAAACCUUCCUAAAUCAGAUUUAACUAUUUACUCAGGAAAUAAUAAAAA